AUGCUCCCAUCAAGGGUCGCGAGGGUGGCCUCGCGGUCUCUAUACAGGAGAUCCGCCUUCGCAGCUCCCAUCCCAGCCAGUCUCAGAAUCGCGUCCAGAUGCAGCAGUCAUCAUCGGCUAUGCGCGACAGCAUCAAAUCCCCUCCCCAAGCCCCCGGCUGACCAUCGCGACCUCGGCGUCCAGCAAGAGCUCUUCACCACGUCCGUCUACAGUCCCGGCUCGCCCAUCUUCCUCCCCAACGGCGCCCGCAUCUUCAACCGCCUCGUCGACUUCCUCCGCAAGCAAUACGUCCACUAUGGCUUCCAGGAGGUCAUCACGCCCACCAUCUACAAGAAGGCCCUCUGGGCCAAGUCGGGCCACCUCGAGAACUACGCAGACGACAUGUUCACCGUGACGAGCACGUCGCCCGCCCGCGCCGACAAGAGCGAGGCCACCGACCCCGCCGCCGGCAGCAUCGCCGGCGAGGAGGACGAGUACGGGCUCAAGCCCAUGAACUGCCCGGGCCACUGCCUCAUCUUCGCCGCCCAGCGCCACAGCUACCGCGACCUGCCCAUCCGCUACGCCGACUUCAGCCCGCUGCACCGCAACGAGAUCUCGGGCGCGCUGAGCGGGCUCACGCGCGUGCGCCGCUUCCACCAGGACGACGGGCACAUCUUCUGCCGGCCCUCGCAGAUCGAGGACGAGAUCAGGCGCACCCUCGACUUCGUGCGGCGCACCUACGGCGUCUUCAAGCUCGGCCCCUACCGGCUGGUGCUGUCGACGCGGCCCGAGGAACACUACAUCGGCUCCCUCGAGGACUGGGAGCAGGCCGAGGACGGGCUGAGGCGGGCGCUGGACCAUUCGGGCCAGGAGUGGACGCUCAACGAGGGCGACGGGGCAUUCUACGGGCCCAAGAUCGAUAUCGUCCUCAAGGACUCGGAUGGAAAGGAACACCAGACCGCCACGAUCCAGCUGGACUUUCAGCUCCCGAAGCGGUUCGAGCUAGAAUACCAAGCCCCCGCUCCCGAGCUGGAGGCGAAGGGCACCUCAACCUCGGACGCUUCCCUCUUGGCCGAGUCGGGUGCCGUGCGCCCUGUGCUCAUCCACCGCGCUAUUCUGGGCUCGGUCGAAAGACUCAUGGCGCUGUUGAUCGAGCACUACAAUGGCAAAUGGCCGUUCUGGCUCAACCCCCGGCAAGGCAUUAUCCUGACGGUGAAUGACAGCGAGCCCGUGGUGGACUUUGCGCGGGCAUCCAAAAAGGUCCUCACGGGGACGGUGGACGGGGAGAACCCGCACUUCAGCCCUUCUCAGCUGGUCAUCGACGUCGACGACAGCCCCCGGAGCCUGCCGCUCAAGAUCCGGGAGGCGAAGUCCAAGGGCUACGGGGUGAUCAUGGUGGCUGGGCCUAAGGACGUGGCCAACGGCACGCUAGCCGUUGAUCUGUCACGAUUUUCCGAUGCAGAGACGGCGGAGGAGGGCCAACAAAAGCCCAAAAAGUCAUCGGUAAAUAUGAAGCCCGAGGCGCUUCUCCAAUUCCUGAAACAAAAAGUAGAAUCAUACCAAUAG